UUUAUUCUAGAUAAAGUACAUGUGAUCACUGUUGAUGGAAGAGUUAUGGUGGGAACAUUAAGAGGAACCGAUCAAACAGCCAAUGUGAUAUUAGAAAAAUGUGAGGAACGUGUAUACUCUCAUGAAGGCACAGAAGUAGUUCCACUUGGUUUAUAUCUCAUAAGAGGAGACAACGUGUGCACAAUUGGUGACUUGGAUAGUGAACAAGAACAAGCAAUAGACAUCACACAGAUAAAAGCAGAUCCAUUAAUGCCAACAAGGUUGUAG